AUGGGACAUGGCGAUCUGGACGGCGGAGGCUUGCUGGCGGGUGCUUGGCUGGAAGGGGGUGGCUGGAUGAAGAGAGGUGGAAGGAAGGGGGCGGUGAAUGGAGGGGGCCUGGGAGGGGCUGACUGGAUGAGGGGAGGGUUGAGUGACAGGGCGGUUGGAUGGAGGGAAGUGACUGGAUGGAGGGAGGGAUGGAACGGGAGUGAAAUGCGGGGUGACCUGACGUGGACCAACGCCAGCAUCACCUUCAGCUUUGCCAGUGGUGGUGUCGGAGAGCCGGAAAAGUACGUGGUGAUCACUGGCAUGGACAGGAUGUACCGCAUCCUGCCGGACGCUGUGGUGAUGACGAAGGAACUCAAGACCAUGGCGGUCGUGGGCAUCUCGGGGUGGCAAGCAUUCAAAGGCAAGUGGGGAUCCUCCCAUUAUGGCAAGGACGACCUCCUCUGGAUCCGCACAGAGAUAAACCCCAUCAUCGGCGUCACCACCAGCAGCAUGAUUCCACCCCGCAAUGCCGGCUACCCCGUCUAUCGGAAGGGCUCCGAGAAACCCUACUACCUGCACAAGGGAGUCCAGAGCACCAUCAGUAUCGAUGAAGUAAAGAUGGCAUCGGAGCAGACACCUUCCGAAGUUCAUGUGGAAGUCCGAGGGCACAGCACCAAGCCACUAAACGCUCCAGAUCGCCAAAUCGUGGCAUUGCUGGAUGCCAUGCUACAACUCCGACGCCGACAAGUGUGGGCCAGUGGCAUUUUGCACGAAAGUUACGAAAGGUGA